CUUUCCUCAACAGGUCAUUCUACCAACUACGUUGUUGCAGUCUAUCUUCCUUCCAACAACACACAAGACUACUGGAUAGCCAAAGGGGCGGCACUCUUGUGUCAGCUCAGUGAUUGA